AUGGCCCGUCGACGGGGCUCAGUGGUUCCGUCUCCAAUCGUCAGUGACGACAGUGACGACAGUGACGAAUUUAUGAUGGACACCGACAGUGAUGUCGAUUCCGAUGCCAGCGGCGAAACAGACAUCACAACCCCCAUUCAUCAUGGUGACGGGAAGAAGGAGAAGGAGAAGUUGGAGGAGGAGGAAGAAGAAGAAGAGGAAGAGAAAGAAGAUGAGCAGCAGGAUAUCGACGAUCUGGCGGAACUCUUGACGGAGAAUAAUCAUUCACCAGAGCAUUACCUUAACAUGAUGCAGACUAUAGACUUGUCUCGCACAGAGUGUGUCAACUAUGCUAUUGGGACGCUUGCUCUGCAGGAUCGUAUCAGACAGGAAUGGUUGAGUUAUUGCAAGUUUCUCAAGUCAGAUGCAAAGGCUAUGUAUCAACAGCUUGACUAUCGUGUUCUCUACACCUUCUUUGAUUGGAUGCUGAAUCAACGCCGGGGAAAGAACGGGAGACGCCGGCAAGGUAUAAAACGCAAGAGCGCCCUGAACACAUAUUGGAAGAACUUCCGUACCGUAUAUGAGCUGGAGAUGCAUGAAAAAAUCGACAAGGAUACAUCUAGGCACAUAGUCAAAAAUGGUAUACCAGUUCUCGUGAAAAAAUAUCGACUCUCCAAUAAACCCCGGCCAAAGACCACUGUCUACCUUGAUGAUCUGAUCAGGGUCGUGGAGACAACUGUCACAACCACAAAAAAGAAGUUCGGUCACGGGCGGCUACGGAUUUCACUUAUUCUAUAUUUCCAGCUCGCCGGGUUCUCGGCCAAUCGACCACAAGCAUUGCUGAGCCUGACCGAGUUCGUGAUACCGGAGAUCAUCUUCGAUCCAUCGCUCAUCCUCAGUCCCCAAGUUAUCCUUUUAGGCCUCCUGUUUGCUGAUGGUGCAUUCGCUCGCCUCGAUGGCGAGAGGAUCCUUACUUCAGCAUCGCAACUGCUUGAUCUAGAUAUCCCAGAAGAUACUUAUCAGCUUGAAUUCAACUUGGACCCAGGACUGAGCGACAUCCCGAUACUGCGGAGAUCCGAGCGGACGCUGGAUGGAAUCAGAAUAUCUGAUGUAGAGGCCCUCACCUACAAUAUUCUCUUACCCUGGAUCAAAUGUAUAGGAAAAAUAUCGACAAUACGCCAGAUCGUCCGCCCUUAUAGCUUGCGAUACGGUGCAGGGAAGGCCCUGGAUAAUAGCGGGCACAUCAGUGAUGCGGUUCGAAGUUUGAUCUUCCAGCAUUCCGAUCCUAAAACGUUUCUUAAAUACUAUCUCCACCGAAAGGUGGACAAGGAUGUUCGUGCGGUCGUUCAAGGCCUAGAUCCGCAGCAACAAAUCAUACGUGCCGCAUGUCGAAUGAUCCGCACCGUCAACCCACGCCGACCGCAGGAGCUCACCACCGAAGAGUCAUCGUCGGUCAACCAACAACCUCACAUCAAGGAAUUGAUCGAGAAACGCGACCAUCUCAGUAAACGUCUCGGACGUCCCAUUGCCAGACACAAGGGCACUGUCAAAUAUGAGCUUUACACCAGGGUCGGCCGUGAAUUGGCAGGUGCACGCCAGCGGGCUCGAGACAAGCUCCUACUCGAGAAACAGGAAAAGUUUGACUUUGAGGAGCCCCUGCGCGAGAUCAAGCGACAGCUGUCGGGCAUCAAGAUCUCAAGGAAGGUCGAAAAAUCUCUUGAUGCCAAUACGGCAGUUCCACCGGUACAUCGACGACUCAUAUCGGCGCUGCUUAGCCUACCCCGCGAGACCCUGCAAGAUGAAAUGCUUCGGCGUACUGAAGCGAUCGACGCUGUUGUAGACUACUGUCGCUUCGAGGAAGGGGAAACCUGCCGGCUGCCGCAUGACAAGCGCCCUGGUCCCAAAGUAUUCCAGGAGGUGAAGAUCGAGAUCCAUGUCCCACCACCGCCACCGCCACCACCAAGCGAGAGGGAUAUUGCCCUCAAGGCGGUGAUGGAAGACCAUCGACCGCUGUACUGCUUCAUCUGUCUGGACAAAUUCUCUACACAUGGGGGAGUGUCCAAACAUAUCAGAAGAAAGCACCUUCAACAUAUCAAACCUGAUGACACGAUAUCUUGCAGGCGGUGUGAUAUUACCCUAGACCACAAAAUGCACCUUCAGAGUCAUGCGUUCUCCGUUCAUCAGACCGUUACCUAA